AUGCAGCAGGUUUUCCAACUUGUAAAUAUUCUGCUUGGUAAAAAUCCGACCACAAAAAGUCUGAACAUUCAAACAUAUAAAGUGAUACCAUUGUCUCAAAAGAGUGGUUUGGUCCAGUGGUGUAAUGGAACUGUACCUAUUGGCGUGUAUCUUGUUGGAACUGCGACACAGGCAUCACCCAAUGGUGACCCAGGAGCGCACAUGAAAUAUAGACCACAAGACAUAUCAGCUCUGGUGUGCCGAAAAGCUAUGAUGUCAGUCAGUGGUAAAACUGCGGACGUGAAGCUGGAAAAGUACAAAGAAGUCUGCUCAAAAUUCAAACCAGUGUUUCGACAUUUUUUUACCGAGAAAUUCGUGGAACCGCAGGAGUGGUUUAAUAAAAGGCAGUCAUACACCAGAAGUGUUGCCGUAUCUUCAAUCAUUGGUUAUGUUCUUGGCUUGGGAGAUAGGCAUGUUCAGAAUAUUCUCAUAAAUUGCAACACUGCUGAAAUAGUUCAUAUAGAUUUAGGUGUUGCAUUUGAACAAGGUCGUUGCCUUCCCACACCUGAAACUGUACCUUUCCGACUUACAAGAGAUAUUGUAGAUGGUAUGGGGUUAUGUGGGGUGGAAGGAGUGUUUAGAAGAUGCUGUGAGAGAACUAUGCAAGUUAUGAGAUCAUCAUACGAUGCUAUCACCACCAUUGUAGAAGUUUUGUUGUAUGAUCCAUUACAUGACUGGGCACUAUCACCAACAAAAGCAAGGACAUUACAAAGAAACGUUGAUGCUACGUUGGAUUGCAGUUUAAGUAGUACUCUGUCUACUUAUUCAACCAGAGCAGACGUGCAAAGUGAUGCAAAUAACACAAACAAGUUAGCGGAACGGGUUCUUCUAAGACUCCAGGAAAAACUUCAAGGUACUGAAGAGGGCUCAGUACUUAGUGUUCGUGGCCAAGUGAACAUGCUGAUACAGCAAGCCUCUGACCCCAUGCGCCUCUGUCAGCUCUUUGCGGGCUGGCAGCCGUAUUUGUAA